AAAUUGUUCCGGCGUUCCACCAUUCUGGGGACUGGAGUCGAUGAAUCGGUGUCCUUGAAUCGAGGCCAGACAGCCGGUCCGCUAGGGGGUUAUGCUCAUAAGCCAUUCGCGGCCUCUUCUUGUCGAACGCCUACUGGAGAGCCGGACUCUUACCAGCACCAUCUUUACGCUCAUCAAUCCCACCAUCCCCACCAACAACAACAGCAGCAACACCAACUUUUCCAGUCUCAAUCCCCUUCCCCCGUAUCUCUCGGUGGAGGCGUUGGAGGUGGCCACAUCCCUUCUGCCUCUUCAACUGCUUGUCCGUCCGCUUCUACAUCGCAAUCUCAACAUCAUGAUCAGCACCACGUUUCUUAUUGCUACAACCAACACCAGCAAUUCCAUGCUCAACCAGGCCCAAUCCAUUCUCUGGCUGAGCCUAAUCCCAGCCAGGGCUACAACAUCCACUCGUAUACCAGCUCCACUAACCUUGGCCAGCCAACACUGAGUGCCCAUCGUUAUAGCCAGUCAAACCAUCCCAGUGGCAUAUCCAUUCCCGGUUGCGAACCGAUCGGCUGUCACUUGUUACAUACACAAGCCGGGCCGCUAGGUCCCACGCUUGAACUGGACAAGAUCGGCACCUCAGCAACUUCGCCAUGUCGCGGCGGAUCACCUGCCACUGGCACUGGAGGAUUUGGUUUUCUUGGUGGCCGUGCAGGUGCAGCUGGCUUCUGCAGUAACGGCACCAGUGGAGUAGGCGGGCUCACACGCAGCAGAAGCACUGUGGCGCCUCGGAGACACACUUCAAACUUAAGCGCCUUCUUUACUACCCCAAACAGUGGUAGUGGUGAGAGUGGGUCUAGGACCAGUAGAUCCUCAAGAGGAGAUCAUGUUUCCUUGAAAUCCGAAACUAUUUCAGGAGCCACUGCACUCAAACCACCUGGGCUUCCACCCUUAGGCCAGCCGGAAGAACUGGACGACGAUGAGGUUGAGGAAGAGGAAAAGGAAGCAAGCAGAGAGGAGGGCCAUGGAGGCGACAUAAAAGUGGCAAAGUAUGAGGUGAAUACAAAACGGGAAGGAGGGGAGGAGAGCGAAGACGAAUUCGGCGAAGCGAACGAGGAGGAAGGUGAAAGUAGGCACGAAUGUCGAAUUCUCUCUGGUCCAAGUGAACGUAUAAGACGCGACAACGUAACUGUUACCAGUCGAAGCUCGCAUGUAAAGAAGUCGGCGCCCUCGCAUCCUGUUUGGUCAGUCGGUGGAAGAGGCGAGCAAACUAGUCGCCCCUCUCGGCGAGAAGCCUCCGGAUCCGUAUCGCGUGGUCGACGACACCAGCUGCUAGCUAGACGACCCUUGACUGAAGAGAUCGAGACCGAAACUGGUACCUUUGGCAAGUCUGUGUCAAACUGGAGGCAGGCUCCGGCAACAGUGGGAUCUGCUAGGCAUUCUUCGAUUGACUUUAAUGACAAUUCCCUUCCGGGCGUCGCUAACGGGCCUGGCGCCGUUAUUCCGACGACUGCUAAUCCUAUUGAGCUUGCCUCCGCCUCGAAUCAGCUAUCCCCUUUAAGUCCUUUGGGUCGUUCUGUGUCGCCUUUGGUCUCACAAGCGAUUUCUAUGUCAAAUGACUCCAGCUCCAUUUCCUCAGUCAUCAAUUCUACCACAGCCACCUAUGCUACACCUGGAGUUGUCGACAGAAGCCGAGCAUGGCCUCGAAGGUCAGUCCACUCAGAUGGAGACCGCACUGCGGGGCAUGAACAAUUAAAACCUCUACUAAUGAUGGCUGCUCAACCCGGGGAAGGACAGAAACAAACAACAACAUUUCGAGCUAGCUCUAGAACGUUGGGUAUUUACAUACAGCUCAUUUUUAAAUAG